GUCUCAGCGUGUGGCUGGAAAGCAAGCACACAAAAGAGCUGUGUGCAGCCCGAGAAUCCGGAGCUUCUACGGAGAGAGGGUGAAACCCCGAGGCACUGCAGAACAGGUCAAAGAAGAAACCUACCUGAUCUAAACACCCUGGAAUGCAUGGGAGGGUGUUUGAAAACUCUUAACAGAAUCUCUCAAGAAACAAUGGUCAUGUAAAAUGUUGACUAUGGCAAACAGGAAACGUCAAAGCACGACAAUCAGAAUGCUGGAUCACAGGCCGCGAUCUUGCCCAUCAUCUCCACUUGCAAUGGAUCCUGAAAAUGAGGAAAUUAUAUAUGAAGAAAAUGUAGUGCAUGAAUACACUAAUUCUCAACUACCGGACAGCAGACAAACUGCAAACUCCCAGGAAGAGCAAGAUUGUAAUGAUAAUAGUAAUGAUGGUGACUCGAGUUCUGACUACGUGAAUAAUACGUCAGAUGAGGAAUAUGACGAGGGGCUACCAGAUGAAGAGGAAGGGAUCACUUACUAUAUCCGUUACUGCCCUGAGGAUGAUAGCUACCUUGAAGGUAUGGACUGCAAUGGAGAGGAGUACAUCCCUCAUGAAGAGCAUCAUAUAGUGACAGAUGAGUGUGUAGAAGCAGUGGAGGAUGAGUGGACUGAAUCUAAGAUGCAACAACAACAGAACUGUAUUGAGGAUGCAACCAGAGAUGAAGAUCAGAUUCAAGUGCUAGAGGAGGAAGACAAUUUAUCUUCUUUAGAAGCUCAAGACCAGGAUGAAACAGUCCAGUAUAGUGAAAAUGAAGAGGGCUACCAAGACUAUUAUCCUCCAGAGACUAAUGGUAAUUCACUUCCCCAGUCCCCAUUUCAUACAAGGAAAGGUGAGGGAGUUGCUGAAGAUCAAGAGGAGGACAUUGAUCAGAUAGUAGCAGAAAUCAAAAUGAGUAUGAGCAUGAGUAGCAUAAAUAGUACCACAGACAUGAGCCCUGAGCAUGGCAGAAAAGAAACUGGGCCAACGGACAUUACAGAAAUAUGUCAGAAAGAAGAAGGUGGUCAUUGUGCUAGCAGACAUGAAGGAAGGCCAAAGUCAUUAAACAUCCCAUCAGCAUCAAAACAUGAUGUGCAAAGGGGAUACAAAACAAAGGUUAGGACUCCUGAAGAAAGACAGAAGUGGUCACAAGAACAGGUGUGUAACAAUGCAGAUCAGCCCAGAAAGCAGCAGCGCUCAGACCUCAAUGGGCCAAUUGACAACAACAAUAUGCCAGAGCCAACAAAGAAAGCAGCUUCUUUUCCAAGUUUUGUGGAUGUACCUGGCCCUUGUGAGCCAGAGGACCUAAUUGAUGGAAUCAUCUUUGCUGCAAAUUUUUUGGGCUCUACCCAACUCUUGUCUGAACGGAAUCCAUCCAAAAACAUCAGGAUGAUGCAGGCGCAAGAAGCUGUCAGCCGUGUAAAAAGGAUGCAAAAAGCUGCUAAAAUCAAGAAAAAAGCGAAUUCAGAGGGAGAUUCUCAGACACUAACUGAAGUGGAUCUUUUUAUAUCAACACAAAGGAUUAAAGUUUUGAAUGCGGAUACCCAGGAAACGAUGAUGGAUCAUGCACUGAGGACAAUCUCAUACAUUGCAGAUAUUGGCAACAUUGUUGUUCUAAUGGCACGACGCCGAAUGCCAAGAUCUGCCUCCCAGGACUGUAUAGAAACAACCCCCGGAGCACACGAGGGAAAGAAACAAUAUAAGAUGAUCUGCCAUGUUUUUGAAUCAGAGGACGCACAACUCAUUGCCCAGUCAAUCGGCCAAGCUUUUAGUGUAGCCUAUCAGGAAUUUUUAAGAGCCAAUGGAAUCAACCCAGAAGACUUAAGUCAAAAGGAAUACAGUGACAUCAUCAAUACUCAAGAAAUGUAUAAUGAUGACCUAAUACACUUUUCUAAUUCAGAAAACUGCAAGGAGCUACAAGUGGAAAAACUGAAGGGAGAAAUCUUAGGAGUGGUCAUUGUGGAGUCGGGAUGGGGAUCUAUACUUCCUACCGUUAUUCUGGCUAACAUGAUGAAUGGAGGACCUGCAGCGCGCUCUGGAAAACUUAGCAUUGGCGACCAGAUUAUGUCCAUUAAUGGUACAAGUUUAGUUGGUCUUCCUCUUGCAACUUGUCAAGGAAUCAUUAAGGGGCUUAAGAAUCAAACUCAACUGAAACUGAACAUUGUGAGUUGUCCUCCUGUCACCACUGUCCUCAUCAAAAGACCGGAUCUGAAAUACCAGUUGGGAUUCAGUGUGCAAAAUGGGAUUAUUUGCAGCCUCAUGAGGGGUGGAAUAGCUGAGAGAGGUGGAGUUAGAGUUGGACACCGCAUUAUCGAAAUUAACGGACAGAGUGUUGUGGCCACUGCUCAUGAGAAGAUUGUCCAAGCACUUUCCAAUUCAGUGGGAGAGAUUCACAUGAAAACAAUGCCGGCAGCCAUGUUUAGGCUUCUCACAGGACAAGAAACACCACUCUACAUAUAGCAUAAAGCAGCCAUUGCAACUGAAGAUCAAUAAGCCUAUAGAUACAUUUUGUAUUUUUAACAAACAGCAAGAAAUCUCCAUGGACCAAUGCUCUUGCCUUUUUUUGUUUUAACUCUUGUUUUGCCAAAGGUGAUGCCAAUUCAAAGCAAGCUAAUCACCAAUGUGGACAAAUUGUGAAUCACGGAGCAAGACAUUCCAAACGGUUUACUCACCCAGAUUAGUAACAUGAAUAUUUAUAUGUAAUUUACAUGUAGUGUUAACGUGUAUGUGCAGUAUGUUUUAUUGGUGAAUGUGAAGGUACGACGAGUAAGACAAAAGAAGAUGAACAACAUGCUGAUCUCAUUGUUGUUUUCAUUAUUAACAGCCCAUCUGUUUCAGUCAUAAGAAAUGUACAUGUAAUAGGAUGCAUUGUGCACAUUAUACAGACAGUGCCAACUUUAUUACCUCAGUUGGCAAAUAAUGAGUUUCAAAAAUAUUAAAAAGAAUGCAAUUUUGUUCAUACCAAGUCUACAUUCUGUGAUGUUUAACAGAUCAUGUAUAACUUCCACGGUUGUUUCUGAUUGUAACCAUCAAAUAGUCUCCCUAGAAAAGACGCAAACAAUUUACAGAUUCAAAAUCCUAUUCAUAUUCAUGUGUAUUGUAUACCACAUCUUUCACCUGAAAAUAUGAAACAGUGUCAAUAAAACAUGAAUAGUUGCAACAAAUCAAUGACUUUCUUUGCUAUUGCAGCUCGUAUUGAAGCACAACAAACUAAAAAGGAAAUAUUUCAUUGCUUUCCCAGUAAGAAAAUAACUAUGUAAAUUUUUUUUGUCGGGAAAAUAUAUAUUUAUGGUACCUGAUUUUUAGUUCAGUAUCUGAUUUCUAUUUAAUAAGAAUGCUGUCAGCAGAUUUACUAGCCAAUCAUUGAAGUCAGUACGUGUCUUGUUUUUUUACUACUAAGCAUACAGUAGAAAACUAAGUACUACUAAAAAUAACUUGGAUGUAAUGAUCUUGGGUAGCUGAUUCUGUAGCAAACAAAUAUUCAUUUCCUGUAUUAAAAUGUACAAUUCUAUCAAAUGCAUAAAAUGUGAAAUUGUAUCCCUCUUCUGUAUAAAAUCAAACAUCUUUUUUGGUUAAUAAAUAAAUGUAUUAACUGUAGGUAAUGACGUUAGAAUAUUGUGACAAACAAAAACAAAAAAAGUUCAGUUCUGACCAUUCAGCAAAUGACUGAGAAAAAAUGUAUAAAUGAGCAAAUCAAGUGGUUUCAACAGAAUACUAAAAUAGCAUAAUUAGGUUAAAUUUGUAUGUGGCUUCACAUUUGUUCUUGCAACUUUUCUGGAUGAUUGGGUCCUUGCAUGUAUAGAAUACUGUUUAAGACACUCACAAAUAAAGUUUGAUAAAGAUUAUACAAUCAUCUCAGAAUACCUAAAAGAAAACCAUAGAGCUUUGUACAAGAUACAAACAAUGAUGUGUAAAAAAGAAAAGGUAAAAGACUAUCAGUUGAUGGGUAAAAAAAACUACACAUUUUCUACAAAAACUAGAAUGUGCACCUACAGUUCUCGCUUUCCCUGCACUCCUUCAGUUGGGGGGGGGGGGGGGGGUCACUAUGUAAUGCAGGUGUUAGCAUUUAUCAAUAGCUACUACCCUGCCUUUCUGUUUGUCUAUGUCUUAUUCCUUAUUUUCACUAUAAAAGAGGGCUUUUCCUUCAGGAGCAUUAUCUCAGGAAGGAGAGUCUGUUAUCUUGGCUCAGAUACAUAUAUAUGUAAUUGUUUGUAACAAACCAUGACCAUUGUCAGUAUUUCUUGUGUAUAGAUAAUCAGAUACAUAUGAAUAUUGUAUUUCAGUGAGAAUAAAGUCUGGAAUGUUGGCUUAGAUAUUAAUAAGCAUACACUGUGAUUUACAGUGCCUUACCAUACAGUAGCUGAACACACUAGUUACUGCAUAUCAAGUAAUGUAUAUGGUGCAUGCAGCUGUCAGAUAUAGGGAAGGAUUAAGCUAUCACUGUUAAUAAAUGUCCUUACAAGAG